UGUGUUUCUUGCAAUUGCAGAUGAGAUCGUUUUUGUUUACAAUUAGUUUGAUUAGAACUCGAAUUUGAGACUUAGUAAUGAAAAAGUUUCCAAUACAUUAGUAGAGAUGACAUUUUAGCAAUUAGCGGAAGUUAGUUAUGCUUUAUUAGUUAACAAAUGAGUAAGGACACGACUUAUGUUUUCAUUGGUCUAGUCAAUGUAUAUAAGUUGACUGCGUAGACUUUAGUCUGUAAACAGAUAACAAAAGUCAGUUCUCUUUUUUCUUUCUUCCUCAAGCUUGCUUCACCAAUCCACAUGGUAUCAGAGCAGGAAGAAUAGAAAUUCCCAAACUAAAAAACCAUAAUUGAAACAAUUUCUUGUGAUAUUAGAUUUGCAUCUGUUGAUAAGGGAUGGAAGAGGUGAACAAUACCAGGAAGAGAGACCGAAAGUUGGUGAGAACUCGAGAUGAAGAUACUAGCAGAGUCAAUAGCGAAGCUGCGAGGAACAGAGAUCGAGAGUUGAUGAGAACUCGAGAUCAAGAUACUGGCAGAGUCAAUAGCGAACCUCUGGGGAAUUUUGCAGGUCAAGGCUCAAAUGGACAGAGUCUUUCUGAUGAAGAUCCACUGUGUUUGCAUAGCUCUGAUCAUCCUGGCAUGGUGCCCGUUACUGCACCUCUUAUAUAUGAUGAGAGCAAAACGCCAAUGGUCUAUCAAAUUCAAAGGCAAAUUGCCUCAAUUUCCCAAGAAAACAUGUCUGUCACUGUUUACUAUACUAAACUCAAGAAGCUGUGGGAUGAGUUGAACUCCAUAGAUCCAAUUCCGUCUUGUACUUGUGGAACAGCGAAGUAUAUUUCGGAUUUAUUCAAUCGCAAUAAGAUCAUGCAGUUUCUUAUGGGCCUAAACGAGGGUUAUGAUCAAGCAAGAAAUCAGAUUCUUCUUCUUGAUCCUCUUCCCAACAUAAACGAAGUUUAUUCGAUGAUUCUGAAAGUGGAGUCACAGAGGCAGGUGUUUAAUGACUUUUCUGAAAGUGCAGGUUCAGUUUCAACGAUGGUUAAACCUGCUGGUAUUUAUAUAAUUCCUAGUAAAAGAGACAGGGAGUUGACACGAAAAGAAAAGGGGCACUGUGAUUAUUGUAAUAUGGAUGGGCAUAAAAGGGAGAGUUGUUUCAAACUGACAGGAUAUCCAGAGUGGUACUCAAAGGAUCGUAACAAGACUCAACCAAAAAUGGCAGCUAAAGUUUCAACAACUUUUCAUGGUUCUAAUUUUGGAAGUGAAACACCACUUGAUGAUCAUAUUGAUAAUAUUGAUUCUUCUUUGAUCAACACUGGAUAUGAAGAGAAAGAAUCAGCCUUGGCUACUUUGAAGCAGCAAAUGAUGAAACUAUUGCAAGGAAAAGGAAUUGAGUCCCAGUCUCAACUUGCUGCCACCAAUUUUACUGAGGACAUCAGUUCAUCUGCCAUUUUGAGUUCAAUCAAGAUUUUAAGCUACAAUGUUUGGUUUCGUGAGGAUCUGGAGUUGAAUGAGAGGAUGAAAGCUCUUGGUGACCUUAUUCAACUGCAUUCACCAGAUGUGAUUUGUUUUCAGGAGGUUACUCCAAAUAUAUAUGACGUAUUUAGGCAGUCCAGCUGGUGGAAAGCAUAUCAAUGCUCUGUUGCAAAUGAGAUGGCAUAUUUAAGACGAUACUUUUGCAUGCAGUUAUGCAAACUUCCAGUAAAAUCCUUCAACUCUAGGCCUUUUAACAAUUCUGUAAUGGGGAGACAGCUUUGCUUUGUUGAGCUUGAGGUUCAGCCUAACAAGCCAUUGGUGGUUGCCACUAGCCAUCUUGAAAGUCCCUGCCCUGCACCUCCAACAUGGGAUCAGAUGUUCAGCAAGGAACGUGUAGAUCAGGUGACGGAGGCCACCGACUUUCUCAAGAAGAAUCCAAAUGUGAUUUUUGGAGGGGACAUGAACUGGGAUGACGAGUUAGAUGGUCAGUUUCCUCUACCUGAUGGAUGGGUUGAUGCGUGGACAGAGUUAAGACCAGGGGACAAUGGAUGGACGUAUGAUACCAUGUCCAAUCGGAUGUUGUCAGGGAACCGAACAUUGCAAAAGCGACUUGAUCGAUUUGUAUGCAAUCUGCGUGAUUUCAGAAUAAGUAAAAUUGAGAUGAUUGGUAUGGAAGCAAUACCAGGUUUAUCACAUAUCAAGGAGAAGAAAGUGAGUAAAGAAGUAAUGAUGUUGAAGCUUCCUGUUUUUCCUAGUGAUCAUUAUGGCUUGCUUUUAACAAUUUCUGGUCGGUAAUGUUGAUAGUGGUUUGUAUGAACGUCCUCGGAUGGAGAUGAUAUAUAACCUCUUUAAUUACUUGAAGUUUGAAUCAAGUUUCUCUCAUCAUUGUUAAGAUCA